UCAGCAACUUAUAGUGCGGGACUGCGGGUAGCAUUCUGACACUGGGGGGAACUGACUUGGUAUCACUGACAUCCCCAGUGACACCAAUAUAGUGAUCAGUGCUAAUAAAAAAAGCACUGACACUGUACUAAUGGCACUGGGCAUGAAGGGGUUAAUAUCUGGGGCGAUCAAAGGGUUGUGUUCUGUUUCACUUUGGGGGCUGGUGUGUGUGCUUCUUCACUGUAAGCACACUGCUUUGUAUGGCUCUGCUAUGCAGUGUGCAGGAGUGUGCAGGAGCUGACAGGGGAGAGAUCUGUAUUGUUUAAUAUACACUGUCUCUCCCCCGUCGGAGAUACUCGGCGAUCACCAGUUGCCAGCAAGUAAUCA